UUUCUUAGCCGCCGCUCUUCAAGCGCUGCCUUUUCCUUUCUCCUCUUUACCUCCACGCGAGGGGGUGCGCGUACCCCUAGUCGUCGUGGUCGGGCGCUCAGCCCCUCCGCUAUUUUCGUGGCCCCCUCACCAUGGCGGGCAUCCUGUUUGAGGAUAUUUUUGAUGUAAAAGACAUUGACCCGGAGGGCAAAAAGUUUGACCGAGUGUCUCGACUGCAUUGUGAGAGUGAAUCUUUCAAGAUGGACCUCAUAUUAGAUGUAAACAUUCAGAUUUACCCUGUAGACUUGGGUGACAAGUUCCGGUUGGUCAUAGCCAGUACUUUGUAUGAAGAUGGUACUCUGGAUGAUGGUGAAUACAACCCUACAGAUGAUAGGCCUUCCAGGGCUGACCAAUUUGAGUAUGUAAUGUAUGGGAAAGUGUACAGGAUUGAGGGAGAUGAAACUUCUACUGAAGCAGCAACACGCCUCUCUGCCUACGUGUCCUAUGGCGGCCUGCUCAUGAGGCUGCAGGGUGAUGCCAACAAUCUGCAUGGAUUUGAAGUGGAUUCCCGAGUUUAUCUGCUGAUGAAGAAACUGGCCUUCUGAACCGCCCAGGGAGCCAGGCUUGCUGCUUAGUCACGCACGUCAUGGACGUUCGUUCAAGCCUGAGUAGCAGUUGCUGUUGUUCACCUGUUCAGGAGGGGCUGGCUCUCUGUCCACUGUGGGUGCAUCUUUAGGAGGUCUGGACUCAAUGGGAAACUGACUUGCCUGCAAAAGAUCCAGUGGGAGAGCUUAAAAUGAAUCAGAAGUUGUUUUAUGUAUAUGAUUUUUUAAAUUAAAGUUUACUUUUUCAGACUCUUUUCCCCU